AUGGUGUUGGUGCUUUAAGGAGCACCUGUCAUCCCAGCAUCCUUUGCGUGUCCAAUAUGGAAGAACUGGAGGUGGAGGUUCGCGGCUCCAACGGGGCUUUUUACAAGGGCUUAGUCAGAGACAUCCACAAUGAUUCUCUCACUAUUGCCUUUGAGAACAAUUGGCAACCAGAACGCCAGGUGCCCUUCAGCGAUGUCCGGAUGCCACCCCCUGCUGACGCCAAGAAGGAGAUUCGAGAGGGUGAGGAAGUGGAGAUCCUUUCCAGGGCCAAUGAUGUGGAACCUUGUGGUUGGUGGCUGGCUAAAGUCUGCAUGACGAAAGGCGAUUUCUUUGUCAUCGAGUAUGCGGCCUGUGAUGCCGUCUACAACGAGAUUGUGACAUUUGAGCGCUUGCGCCCGGUCAACACCAACAAGGCAAUCACCAGUAAUUACUUUCACAAGUGCACGAUCGCUGUCCCGCAAGAUCUGCAAGAAGCGUGUCAAACCGAGAAUGCGCAUAAAGACUUUAAGAAAGCUGUGGAAGCCUGUCAAGUCUCCUACUGUGCCGAGACCAGCCAGUUGGUCAUUGUGUCCACCAACGAGUCCACGGUGAAGCGUGUGUCUUUGCUGAGUGACAUGCACCUCCGCAGCCUCCGAACCAAGCUGAUGCUCAUGUCCCGCAACCAGGAAGCUACAAAACACCUCGAGAACUCCCGGCACCUGGUGUCAUCCUUCCAGGAAGAGUUCACGGUGAGGCCUGAUUUGAUGGGGCUGGCCAUCGGCAGUCACGGCAGUAACAUUCAGCAAGCGCGAAAAGUUCCAGGGGUCACCGCCAUCGAUUUGGACGAGGAGACCGGUACCUUCAGAAUUUAUGGAGAGACGGCAGAAGCAGUGAAAAAGGCAAGGAACUACCUCGAGUUUCUGGAGGAUUCUGUCCAAGUACCAAGAAACCUUGUUGGGAAAGUCAUCGGUAAGAAUGGAAAAGUCAUUCAGGAGAUUGUGGACAAGUCCGGAGUGGUGCGGGUCAGGAUCGAAGGAGACAAUGACAACAAGCAACCACGACAAGAAGGAAUGGUCCCCUUUACCUUUGUCGGCACGAAGGAGAGCAUUGGGAAUGUCCAGGUCUUGCUGGAGUACCACAUCUCGUACCUCAAUGAGGUUGAACAACUUCGUCUGGAGCGGAUGCAGAUUGAUGAACAGUUGCGGCAGCUCACGCAGGGCCACCGACCCGGAGAGAGGAGCGAGCGCGGAGGAGCAGGAGGGGGAGCAGGAGGAGGAUAUAACGCAGACGGCGGCACCAACGCCUCGUCGUCCUCGUCGCAUGUCGGGCGCUCCUACAACAGUCGAGGUCGUGGGCGCAGAGGCCACGGCUACAGUACCGGAUACGGCACCAACUCGGAGCACUCCAAUGCAUCCGAGACCGACUCGGAGCGUCGAGAUGAAGUCGGCGACUGGUCUCAAGCUGCUGAGGAGCAAAUGAGGCGAGUCCUAACUUCUGUCAAGCGUCGUCUUCUGGACUAUGUGUAA